AUGGCAAGCCUGGCGAUGCAAAACCAUGAGACUCCCCUGGAUCUCGUGUCCAGGAACUUGAAGAGCGAGAGGGUGGAAUCGAGAUGUGGAGCCUUGCGGGAGCUCGGGAGGAUGGGCAAGCGGAUGUCGAAACGAGAUAUCGAACAGUCCGUGGUCCCCAUGCUGAGUGACAGCGACGCAGCUGUUCAAGAGCAUGCCCUAGUGGCCUUGAGCGAAUUGCAGGGCCGAUCCCUCGACUAUGCACAGCUUGUAGCCACAAAGCUUGAGCAAAGUCGAGCAAAGGAGGUCAAGAGGGCCGCUUUGCUGGCGCUGGGGUCCAUGGGCCCAGGUGCAGCCUCGCAUGCACAGUCAGUCCAGCCGUUCUUAACCCAUCAAGACCUCGAUCUUGUUGUUGAUGCCUGCUCUGCGCUUGGCAAGAUGCGAGCAGCCAGCUGUGCAGAUGCAGUGAGCUCGAAGCUGGCGAGCUCUGACACGGAUGUAGUCUUUGCUGCCUGCAUGAGCUUGGCGGAGAUGGAUUCUCACAUACAGGAUGUCGGCAAGCUGCUGAAGCAUUCAGAUGCUCGUGUUCGAUCUUCUGCGGUCAACGCGCUCAAGAGCAUGACUGGUGCCGAAAGCUUCGCCUCCGAGAUAGUGCCACUCCUGUCCGACUCAGACAGCUAUGUCCGCCUGGGGGCCGCUGACUAUGCUUGUAGACUUGGCCCAAAGGUGGCAGACCUAGCAGUGCCAGCCGGCAAGCUCCUCUCCGACUCGAACCCGGGAGUUGUUGCCGCUGCAGCAGCUGCCCUUGGUGGUAUCGGAGAAAGCGCGGCAGCCCAGAUCCCGGCCUUGGAGCAAGCACUCCGAAAUGAUGGCGAGGACUCGUCGACGUUGCCGCUGACUGUCGCGGGCGUGUCGCCCAAACUGGCAGCUCUGCUUCGCAAGCCAGCUUGUGCCGCAGCUGCGGCACUUGCUAACAUGGGCAGUGCGGGUGCUACCUCUGCAGCGAGAUUAGUCGAGUGCUUGAAUGCCAAAGACUGGGAGGUGCGGGUAGCAGCUUUGCACGCACUGAGCAGGAUGCCGGCAGCAAGUGCUCGGUAUGAGUAUCACAUCGCAGACAUGUUGCGGGAUGAAGCACCACCCGUCGCGGCAGCGGCCUGUUUGGCUGUUGGCGAGAUCGCGGCAGCGACUGGCGAGGCCAACAACUCAACUGCGCGGGUGGUCGCUGAGCUCAUGGAACAUCCCCACCCGACCGUACGGGCUCGGGCGGUCCAAGGUCUUGGUAUGAUGGGUGACGAGGCCCAUUCACACGUGGAGAUGUUUGUGGCCUUGUUUGGUGACAGGGCUUGGAAUGUACAAGCUGAAGCCCUUCGGGCUGUGGCGAAGUGUGGGGAGAUUGGACAGAUGUUCGCUCCGGAUGUGUGCCGCAUGACAUACCAGGGGAUCACUCCAGCCGUGCAGGUGGCAGCCUGUGAAGCGCUUGCUCGGAUGGGAUAUCGUGGUGCUUGCUUCAAGGAGGAGGUGCAAGCGCUCGAGGAUGAUGUCUCUGAGGAAGUGCGAGAUGCAGCGAAGAAAGCCCUCAAGCUCUUUGAAAAUGCUGACAAGUCUGCUUUGGCGGAUGGAGCGCGGCCAGCUCUGACCGAAGAACCCAUUGAGCCAGAUGAGUGA